CCUUCUUCUUCUUCCGGUCGCUUCCACCGAUCGACUUCUCGCCUCUCGAUUCCCCGCAACCUUCGUCGAUCGAUCGAUCGCCCGCUCGCUUCCCCGGCACAGCCCUUCGAUUGGUUGGAGAUGGCGAAGACUUCCUUCAAGCUCGAGCACCCACUCGAGAGGAGGCAAGCAGAAUCUGCCAGGAUCCGUGAGAAGUACUCGGACAGAAUUCCAGUGAUUGUUGAGAAGGCUGACAAGACUGAUGUUCCAGAAAUCGAUAAGAAGAAGUACCUUGUCCCUGCUGAUCUCACUGUUGGACAGUUUGUCUAUGUGGUGCGGAAGAGGAUUAAACUUAGCCCAGAAAAGGCCAUCUUUGUCUUUGUGAAGAACACCUUGCCGCCAACUGCUUCUUUAAUGUCCGCAAUCUACGAAGAGAACAAGGAUGAGGAUGGCUUCCUCUACAUGACUUACAGUGGCGAGAACACAUUCGGCUGUGCCUAAUUCAAGUGCCGCUGCUGCUGUAAAUAAACAUGGAUGACCAGAUGGCAUGGUCAACCACCUGUGUACAUAGUCUGGAUUGCCUCAAUUGUCUAAUGCGUCCUUAGCUUUGAAGUAUUCCUAUGCUCGUCUGAAGUUGGAACAACCCAUAAAACUGAUAUUAUUCUUUCUGGGUUGCUGGUGUUUCCUUAUUCCAUCAUUAUGAAUUUGCCAUGGGUUUUAUGUCUGAAGUGUGGCUGGCGUUUCAACUCCUGUUAUCUGUGAUAAUUGUUAAUUGCAACUGAUGCAAGCUAAUAAAAAAUUAAGGCCUUUUUAAUCUUUGUA